GGUGUAGAUUUGGUGUAGAUACUUACUAGGUUUCUUUAAUGUGGUAAUCGUGUGAUCGUAAUGUCCAUAGUGUCAUUCCAUUUAUGUCAAAAAUGUCAAAAUAAUAAACCAAUCACCAAUCAGAUCAAGCGAGGCAAUCGUGGAUGGAAUGGAAUAAGGAAAUAUCUACCUUGCAAUACUUGCAUACCAAUUGACCUAUUUGUAUGACCUUUGAUAAGGCUAAUGUCCAUGGUAUUCAUAUAUUCAUUUAAAUGCCCGGCCAUUCUUAAUUUAUUAAAGAUUAAAGUAACAGGAAAACCAAGUUAUAGAAACAUAAUGGCUGCAGAAUCAGAUGAAAAAGCUUUGCGCUAUAGAAGAGCUCAAAGUGUUACUCGAGCCGAAGAGAUUACAGAACAAGAAACUAAAGCAAGGAAGUCACAGCAAGAUAAACCGAUCCAUAAGCCUAGAGAUUCCUUGUUCUCAUGGAGCUCAGGGUUCAAGAAUUUCACAGGCCUGGUGAACUGGGGGUUCCUCAUGCUGUCCAUUGGAGGCCUGCGCUUGUUCCUUGAAAAUUUCCUGAAGUAUGGUUUUCGUGUGAACCCCAUAGAAUGGUUCAUUAUUCUUACUGGCCGAGAUGAGGGUGCUCAAAAUGAAUUCCCAUCAGUAGUAUUAAUAAUUUUCUCUGUAGUACUCAUUGUUGCAAGUCUGCUGAUAGAGAAAGCCAUGGCUGUGGAUAUGAUAUCUGGAAAAUUUGGAAGUAUCCUACAAGUAUGCUACCUGAUCAUAUUGGUGACUUUACCUGUAGCUGUUUUACAAUACAAGGGUCAAGAGUUUAGUGUUGUCGGCAGAACAACAGUGUGUUUUAUUUAUUUAAUAUUAUUCUUGAAAUUAUGGAGCUACGCGCACACUAACCACUGGGUCCGUAAAGGUGCGAAGGGGAAGUUUUCCAAGAACACUUUGCGGAGACAGAGUCUAUCUGCACCCAAUUACAGUGAGCUCAUUAACGCGGAACAAGAUCAAACCAUCGAGGAGGAGAAAGGCGACGCGUUCGCGGUCGCCGGGCUCGUCAGGUACCCCGACAACCUGAACCUCAAAGACCUGUUUUACUUCCUGCUCGCGCCUACCCUGUGUUAUGAGUUGAAUUUCCCUCGCACUACCCGAAUUCGCAAGCGCUUCCUAAUCAAACGUCUACUCGAGGUGGUGUUCGGCGUGAAUUUGGUGCUGGCGUUAUUCCAGCAGUGGAUGAUCCCGUCCGUCACCAACUCCAUCGACACCUUCUCCAAGAUGGACUACCUGAAGAUGUUGGAGAGACUGUUGAAGCUAGCUGUACCAAACCAUCUCAUGUGGCUGUGCUUCUUCUACCUGACCUUCCACUCGUUCCUGAACCUAAUGGGCGAGCUACUGCACUUCGCCGACCGGCACUUCUACGGCGACUGGUGGAACGCGAACAACAUCGGCACGUUCUGGCGCACGUGGAACCUGCCCGUGCACAAGUGGGCCGUGCGACACGUCUACAUUCCUAUAACUGAGAUGGGCUACAGCAAAACUACCGCCAGCGCUGCUGUGUUCCUUAUCUCAGCGUUGUUCCAUGAGUAUUUGGUGAGCGUCCCCCUGCAGAUGUACCGCGUGUGGGCGUUCCUGGGCAUGAUGGCGCAGCCGCCGCUGUCGGUGAUCUCGCGCUUCGCGGAGCUGCGCCUCGGGCCGCGCUACGGCAACCUGCUCGUGUGGAGCUCCAUCAUCCUCGGCCAGCCGCUCGCCAUCAUGAUGUACUACCACGACUACGCGCUCCAGCACUUUAAACCGCAGGCACACUGAAUACUUGAAUCCUGUAUACGUAAUAUUAGCGACAGUCACUAGUUCAUUGAAAUCAAUAGUUCAAAUAUCCGGUAUUUUAGUAUUAGAUACUAUAUGUAAGCUUGUUAAUGAGUGUAAUGAUCGUAUAAUUUUUAAAUUCCACUUAGUACAAAAUGGUUCAAAUAUUUAGUUGUGGAUAAUAGUUAAUAUAAUUAUAGAGAAAGUAUCAAUCAAAUAAUUCCUUACAAUAUAUUUUACACACCUUGCGAUAUAUUUAUUAGACAAAACGUAAAUAAGCGAAAUUUUAUGAAACAAUUUGCCAAAUUUGGCGCCAAAUAUUUUUAUUAGUAGCCAAAUUAUUAAUCAUUUUAUACAUAUAUUUUUUAUAUUAAUGUGUGCUAGAUAAUAAUAUUCCUAAAAACAACAGAAGCUCGAUUGAAGUGCCAUUCCUGGUGUUGAUAAAUUAAUUAUAAUCUUAUGAGGGUUUUUGGGGUUAGGUGGAGGGUACUGGGUACUUGCUUUAUAAUGUGCUAGUUAUUAUAUUAUACUUGUUAACUUUAUUGAGGCAUUUGGGUGUUAAUGUAUAAGACUGAGGCUUCACAUCGCGCUUUGUGCCUUAUUAUAUUUGCGCUUGUGAUAAAACAUGCUAUAUUUUAAUAUAAUUCAUGACAAUAUUUUAUAUAUUGAUAGUUCAAAGAGUUAUUUAUGAAUAAGUAUAAUAUUUUUGUAUAUUAAUUAUUGAUUUUUAAUUAUGGGUAUAAAAAUUCACUUGAGAUUAUUAUUAAACGUAGGUUAGGAGUUAAUUGUUCUACAUGAAAAUAUUUUUAUAAACUUAAAGAUGCCUGAUAUUUUGUAUUGCAUUUAAAUAUGUUAUUAUUUAUUGAAGAUCGUACAUUUUUACAUUUAGAACCACAUAUUUUUAAUUCGUUAUAUACAUUAUAUCAUAUAUAUACUUACUAGGUAAGUACAUAUAUUGUUAUCCUUUUUAAGUAGCACUUAAAUUUUAAAGGAAAAAAGAAAGUUGAAAUGCUUUAAUAUUUUCUAGAAUGCUUGAAAAUAUUUGCAUGAAAAUUACUAAUCAGUGCAUAAAAAUGUGAAUGAAGUUAAAUAUUGAUGUAUUUUUUUAUUUUUACUACUAAAACUUUAUAAAUAGAUCCUGUUUUAACUUAAAA